AUGACGAAGAAGACGACACCACAGCCUUCUGGCAGGUGGCUCAGCUCAGCAAACCUUUCAGGCAACUCCAUGAGCAUCAUGUAUAAAGUCCUGACAUACGCGCACUUCAACUUUUGUACAACCCCUUCCAAAAUCUCACCAAGCAUUCAUAGGAUUGAACUUUUUAUCAUGACCACACAGCCUCCCUUCGUGCCUCUGCCGCUUCCCCCGGUGGAAGAGUCCAAAGAGUAUGGCAAGAACUACAUCCUGCACUGGAAUCUCUGCGCCCUUGAUCUCAACAGAGUAUCGCAUUCAGUCGCGGGUCCUCAGACUGGACCACCCUUGUCAGCAAGAUCUUUGGGCAUGUUACACCUAGCGAUCCAUGAUGCGUAUUUUGCCAUUCAGUCAUCCACAGCAUUCUCUACCUUCUUGGCAGCCAAUGCAGAAGAUGCUGAGUUGCGACUCCCUGACCUUAAUGGCGCGACAGAUGCUCGUCAGGCCGUUGCAGGUGCUGCCUUCACUUUGCUAGGGCUCUUGUACCUACAGGGUGGACCCACAAUCUCCAACAAUGCGACAGCGCAGCUCCAAGCCGUGCUUGACCGCUUUCUCGCAUCUGCACCAGGCGGUGUGGACCAGGCUUCUGGCAGCUACCAGUUUGGAGCGGCGGUAGGCGAGGCCAUCUUCCAGCUCCUUUUCCAUCCUCCUGGUGUCUCGGCAGACGGGUACCACCCAACACCUGGACGUUACAAGUUCGACGACGAGCCAACCCAUCCUGUUGUACUCGUUCCAGUGGACCCCAAUGACCCCAAUGGUCCAAAGAAAGCAAUCAGACAAUACCAUGGACCUUUUUAUGGCAAGACUGCGAAGCGCGUUGCCACUCAGUCCGAACAUAUGAUUGCCGACCCGCCUGGUCUUCGCUCCAACGUCGAUGAAGGAGCCGAGUAUGACGAUGCACUGAGAGACAUCAUACGCAUGGGUGGAGCUAUUCCUCUCAACUCGACCAAGCGCAGCCCGGACGAUACUGCACGUGGCCACUUUUGGGCGUACGAUGGGUCGAAUUUGGUUGGCACUCCUCCUCGCUUCUAUAACCAGAUCAUCCGCAACAUUGCCGUGCAACACAAGCAAGACGCCGACAUCGAGAGUGAAGUCAACAAUGCGGAUUUCGCGCGUGUCUUUGCCCUUGCAAAUGCCGCAAUGGCUGAUGCUGGCGUCUUUUCGUGGCGCGAGAAGUGGGAGUUCGAGUUCUGGCGUCCACUCAGUGGCGUUCGCGAUGAUGGUCGUCCAGACCACGGCGACCCUUUCUUCCUUUCACUCGGUGCUCCUUCCACAAACACCAACGACAUUCCGUUCAAGCCACCAUUUCCUGCUUAUCCAAGCGGUCACGCUACCUUCGGUGGCGCGAUGUUCCAGAUGCUGCGUCGUUACUACAAUGGUCGCGUUGGAACCUGGGCUCCAAAUGAACCGGACAACAUCUGCUUCGAGAUGGUGUCUGACGAGUUGAAUGGCAUCAAUCGCGACUUGCGCCAGCCAUACGACCCGACUACGCCCAUCACGGAGCAACCAGGCAUUGUGCGCACACGCAUGCCCUACAAGUUCUCCAGUCUUUGGGAAGCCAUCUUCGACAACGCCAUCUCGCGCGUCUUCCUGGGCGUGCAUUGGCGUUUUGAUGCCGCCGCUGCGAAAGAUAUCCUCAUUCCCACGGAUACGAAGGACGUGUACGCUACUGACAACACCGGGGCGACUGUGUAUCAGAAUCCGGAGGAUAUUCGAUACGAGACGAUGAGCACGAGGGAGGGUCACGAGGGGCUUUUGCCAAUUGGUGGUGUUCCUCUUGGUAUGGGCAUCGCAAAUGACAUCUGGGAGUCGGGGCUGAAGCCGACGCCUAAAAGCAUUCAGCCCGCGCCUCCAGCUGAGCAGUCGAAGGAGGGCGAGCAGGUGGUCAUGGGACUACCGAACGCUGCGCCCUAG